UCGACCCCGCAGUUAAUCAUCUAUCAAAAGGGCAGUCGUGAAGUACUGAACAAAGCAACACUGGACCUUUUUGAAGGAUAAUGUUAUUUGCCUCACAAUACAGAAAUGAUUUCCAACGCCGAAAAUCCCGGGGAAUUCUCGAAGUACAUGUAUGGAGUUGUAACAACGACAGUAUUUUUCAUCAUGAUUGGUGCUAUCAUUUGUAAUAUUCUCGUAGCCGCCGUGAUCUUUAGGAAAGUCCAACUCUACUCAAAUUCCUCCAACAAGUUUGUGUUCAAUUUGUCUGUUGCGAACUCAGCUCUCGCGGUUUUUGUGCUACCGUUUGUCAUUGUAUCUAUUGCCAAAAGAAGAUGGGUUUUUGGCGACAUUUGGUGCCAAGCUUCUGGUUUUAUUACAAUACUACUCAGUACAGACUCACUUUUGACGGCAAUGAUUUUGAGUAUCGACCGAUACCACUGUAUCGUAAACCCACUAAUAUAUCCUCUAAGGAUGUCGUCCCUAAAAACGAAAGUCCUCAUUGUUUACACUUGGCUACAGAGUUCGUUCACGGCAAUUCUUCCACUGAUUGGAUGGGGAAAAUAUGGAUAUCAAAGGCGAAAGUUUUCCUGUACGGUUCAAUGGGGAAGUGCCGUCAGUGAGGGAUACACUAAACUCUUCGUCACAACCACUUUUGUUCUACCUUUCAUAGUUACGUGUUGGGCUUAUUAUCAUAUUUUAAAAGCUGCAAGGCAACAGGCUCGAAGAGGACGACCGGCUCGAGUUGUUAACCGGGCGUCUAUUACCUCGACUACAUCUGGUAACAUUAGUGGGCUAAAAGCUGUCAAAACUACUAUCAUUGUCUUAGGGAAUAUUUUACUGUGUUGGGGAGUUUAUAUAGUAACUAUUCUACUUGAAUCUGUUAAGUUAAAGACCCCUGAUAGUUUGCAUGUGACUGCUAUGGUACUAAGCUUUCUCGUUACGUGUCUCUAUCCUAUUAUUUACGGUAUCAGAGUCAAAGCUAUUCGAAGACACACACGAAAGCUUCUAAUAUCUGUGCUCUGUUGUUGUUGUGGAUAUGAUAACACUGUGAGACCAAUCAGCGCAYCAGAAGCAGGGUUCUGUGUAGCUCCUUCUUCUAGGAUGUUCAGGAUGAGGUCUGUCUCAGAUGGUUCUGUCAAUUCGAUAGCUUUAGAAGGCACAGCUGAACCAGAUACUGAGGUCUGUAUCGCAGGAUGGUGUUUACCCACCAUUGUCGAAGAAACAGACGACACCAGCCAAAUGAAGUUACCCAACUCAGAACUCACUGAUCUUGAUGAGAUAAACUACGCCUUACCCGGACAAAUACCUCUAUAAAAUCGAACAGAAGUCAAUCCAUCCUUAAAGAGAACCUUAUCUAAAAGACUAGUAUUAUUAAAUUUAGAUAAAAAGAAAGAUUUAUUUAAGUCAGAAAUAUUUUUUUCCAUGAUAAUAUUUUUAUUUUAAGUGCAAUGUAUA